AGCUAUGGAAGCAUGAUCUUUGGAGUAAUAUAACUAAUAAAGAAUUUUGCAUCAUUGCAUCUUGAUCUUUUCUACAACAAACAUUCGGGCAAACUUGAACAAUACGAAUUUAUAGGCCUGUGAUGUGAGUCAACAUUUUCGAGUAGUCGUCACUGCUUUCGUCGGAUUCACGGUACUCAAGAGCAGCGCAGAUCCAUCGAGCUGCUCUUCUAAACAAUGCCCAACGUGGUGUCGCUGAUCGUCUUUCCAGAUUUCGACAAGUUGGAUUCUUAAAAUCCCAUCCAGCUGAAGCAUUGCCAUUUAUUACCGGAGCCCGCAUUCUUGCGCAGGUACUUUCAGUACUAAAGACGAACGCAAGCUGAAUAGCGAGAACACGUUACACAUCCUAUGACCGCUCACUGCCUUUCACGCCCACGCAUUCCCAGGAGUUAUCAGACUCAAUCCGAAUUCGAGAACACCUAGUACGUGAUAAGAUGUGCAAGUCAAGAUAGUAUUCCUUCGGUUGACUAUCUCGUUCGUACAUUCUCCAUUCGAUGGCAACACGAGCAUUCUCUGGUGUAGUGUACGGCUCGAACGAAACUGGACUCGUUCAUCUUCCACUUGAUGAGGUCAAAGUGCGCGCCUUGGUCAUUGAUGGUAUACAGGUCUUUUCCAAUCUCGCCUCGGAGAACACGCCUCGGGCGAAAUAUGUGUUUCCUGUUCCAGCUCGGUCCGCCGUUUGUGCUUUCGAGAUGCAUACAGAAGAUGGCAGGAUGAUUCGUGGAAUAGCGAAGGAACGACAGCAAGCUAAGGAAGAACAUGUGCAAGCUCUGAAUGAUGGGAAGCUUACCAGCCUGGUUGAAUGGGCCACCGACGACAUUUUCACCAUCUCUGUAGGCUCUGUGCCUGCUGGUCAAAGCGUCACUACACAUCUAACAUACGUCCUCGACCUCAUGAAUAAUGACAUCGCCUCACAAAUCCGACUUCAACUUCCGAUGAGCGUUGGUCAACGUUACGGAAUGCUUCCGGCCGGCAUGGAAGAUGCCUCGGGUAUCUCCUCUCGCACCCGGAUUCGCAUAACGAUUGUGAUUCAGACGAGAGGUGCUAUCAGAGCUAUCGCCAGUCCAACGCACCCAAGGCUUUCCGUGAUUCCAUACGAAACACACCGUGGCCGACCCUCUCGACAUAGAAUGAUUGCCAAGUUCAGAUCUCACGAAUACCUAAUGCAGGACUUUGUAUUGACGAUAGAGGCCGAAGGGCUGGAUGUCCCAAGAUGCUUUGCUGAGUGUGGUCCAGCAGGAUCGGGCACUGUGGCACUGCAGCUUACAAUGGUUCCCAACUUCCAGCCGCUUCCUUUGCGUUCCAAGGAAUACAUUUUUCUCGUGGAUCGUAGUGGAAGUAUGAGUGAAGAAAACCGCAUGGAGAUCGCGAAAAGUACACUCGUCAUGCUGCUUCAUUCACUGCCAAAGAACAACACCUUCAACAUCUUUAGCUUUGGAGAAUGGUCAGACAGCUUAUUCGCUACUAGCCAAGUAUAUAGCGAGACCACACUCUUCGAAGCAGUAACACAUGUCGAUAGGAUGUCCGCAGAUUACCGGACAACGGAAAUACGUGCAGCAUUAGAGCAUGUUUUUCGAAGCCGCAAUCUCUCUCUGCCUACUGAGGUCUUUGUGUUGACCGAUGGUGAGGUAUAUGAUGAUUCCGCUACGUCCUGCGUAUUAGAUGCAGUCAGAGAGAGCAGAGCACAUGCUCCUCUUCACGUAUUCGUACUUGGCAUAGGUGAUACGGCGUCUUCCGCAAUGUGUCAGGGCAUCGCUGAUGCUGGACGCGGUGUCUAUUUGAUGACUACGUCUUCGGAGGAUAUCCUUGGAAAAAGUGCCAGUCUAGUCCGCGCAGGAAGAACCUCUUUCCUGAAGAACAUCACAAUCGAUUGGGGCUUGGCGCAUCGUGACACUACCGAUGGUGGUGUGAGAUUCAUCGGCGACGAGGCCACAAUCCGCCAGGCUCCUCCCCUCAUCGAGUCAAUCUAUCCCGGACAUCGCUUCAUCACCUUUGCGAUAGUCAAGCACGACCAAUUUGUCGUGCCAAAGGAGAUUGUGAUUCAUGGCGAGAGAGAUGGGCGUAUAGUGGACGUUCGCGUAGCUGUCGAGCAAGCCAAGUUCCCGAACGAACUUCCCCAGAUACCGUUGAUUCAUACCUUGGCUGCUCGACAGCUUGUUACCUGCACGCUAAUGAGCGAUAUUGAGGCAGGACAGACACUGACCGAUGAGCAGAAGAGGGCAUCAGUGAUUCGUCUCGGCGAGCAGUAUCAGCUAGCGACUCGCUACACGUCCUUUGUGGCUAUCGAGGACCACAUUCAAACCACGAUGGGAGACCAUCCUAGAAUAUCGCGGAGAAGACGCUCUCGCGACAUCUUGCAAGACAGCUCGCUCAGCGUAACAGACCCACCCAGUUGGACGUCCUACCUUUCACUCGCUUUGGAUUACGCAACGAGCCUUGCUUCUGCCUUUGUGAACGCAGUAUUCAGGCCUUGGGUGUCCUCUUUUGGGGGCAAUUAUGUCCCCAGCGAGGACCCUCAAGAAACGGAUGCUGAGAGCCACAUUGAUGGCUCAGACGAAGACUUCUCCGAUGACUACUCAACUAUGAGUUCAUUGUUGAGUUACACGGAGUCGGAAUGGUCUGAUGAACCUGUUAGACCGCUACUUCCACCUCUACUCGACCCAAAUACUCGCAGUCCGUCACCUCACUUCGAACGUGAUCAGACUGCACCUCUGCCCGGAAAUGGACCCCAAGGACAUGUUCAGUUUGGAGCGCCAGCGUCGGCUCAUCCUCCGCCGGUACAAUCAGGGGUUUUCGAGCUCGUUCGCUUACAAUCCUUUGAUGGGUCCUUUGCACCCACCGACGAUCUUGGUCGACUUAUUGGUGCGGAUGCGACGACAAUGGCAAGCAGGCUGCGAGUGGACCCGAAGGUCUGGGCGACUGCCCUUGCUGUCGUCUAUCUGCGCAAGCAUCUCAGACAACAACCAGAAUUAUUGGACGGCCUGCUGGAAAAAGCGAUGCAGUUCAUGCAUGAGACCGAGGUUGCGAGUGGUGUUCACUUGGAGGCAUUGCUCGAACGUGCACGAACUGUCGUGAUAUGAAUAGAGUCCGGUAUCACAAUCGUUCCUAUCUUUUGUUUGAUUCAGCUUCAUCGGCUUCAAUGUUUUGAUACUUACAUGUCACACCCAUAGGUUGAACGUUCUCUCAAUCCCCUACCAAGUGACGAUUCAUCCAUAGAGACUUAUUUUUGGAUACCGGCUAAUCAUCUCUCACGCUGUUGUCGGAUACCACUGCCAGCAAGCCAAGUUGUCUAUCUAUCACGAUAUCGCGUUCAGUCACAUCUACUGAGUUCAUUUGAACGGAUGCAUCCUGGAAUGCAUGCUCAUACCUGUCGACAGACCCAGUUUUUCCACUUGAGCCUGAGAGGCUCCAGUGUUUGCGACUAACAGGUUUAUCCCUAAACCGCCGUAUUCCCGCGAAACCUAACCUUCCUAUCAAGAUGGAAAGUUGGAGGGUCACAAUGGAAAGUUCUUGUGCCUAGGGCAGGUUAGUGAUGCGAUGUUGACCGAUAGAACUAACCAGUUGGUGCCUUUUCAGAGACUUGAUAAGGUGUAUAUAUUGACU